UCCGAUCUUACUUCGCGUGACGUUUAUUCCCUUCUUAUGCUUCUCCGUCCUCUCGCGUACAUUUUCCACCCUUUUAUUAUCGAUUUCGCGUAUUAAUAACUAUCGAUCGAGUAAAAUUGAAAGUCCACAAAAAAUUCGAGAUUCGCGCGAUUCAUCACGUACGACGGAGAGAUGCUAUUUUUUUUUGUUUAUAAAUAUCUCGGUACUCAUUGCCAAAUGGGACUAAACGUAGCCUAGACAUUUAUCCUUGACAUUUCGUCAACGAGAUUUGGACUUGUAGCUAAUUGUCACGAAAGCCAAGACCUCGCCUUACGUCGUUUGAUAUAGGUUACAUGGCUUGUUCCAUGUUAUACUAUUUACAUUUAGAACGGAUUUGAUUUUUUCCACCAGUUUGCACCUCAUCUAUGUGAGAAAUACAUAUUUAUGUAUGAGAGAAGACAAGAGGAAAGAAAAAUGUAUGAAAAAUGCUGAAUAUGCAAUAUGCAAUUAUAGAACAGUAUUUAGUGUAACAGUCGAAUCGAAUUUUUAUGUAUAUAUGACUCUAUUUUAAAUUUAUUAUUAAAUUAUUAUUUUAAAAUAUACAUAAUGUUUUAUUUAGUGACAGUAUCUGUCCUUUUUGCGGGCAGUAUAUUCAUCAUUAGGUGUUUGCUGAUGUGUUUCUUGAAAACACCUUUAUUUUACCCUUUAAAACAUAAGUUGUUUUUUGUCAGUAAGUUAGUUGUUAUUUCUUUAAUUAUCUUCUUUUUAAUUGAAAUCUUUCAUAAGAAAUUUAUAUAUUUACUUCUAGAAAAUUACUUGUUACGCAAUAAGAGAUAUUCACACUUGGUAAGGACCAAAAAUAAUGAUCGAAACGUUGUGUAUAUGAUUAAUUGUAUAGCCAGUGCUCGUCAACGAUAAAAAGGAUUUACCUAAUUUUUAUGCAUCCUGUCAAAGAUGAAUCCACUGAUCCGAAUACUAUACGGAAGCGAAACCGGAACCGCUCAGGACGUUGCAGAGCAGAUCUGGAAGAGUGCCAAAAGGAAAGGCCUGCAAAGUGCAGUAUCAUGUUUAGACGACUACAAUAUCCAAGAUCUUCCAUCAGAACAAUUAAUCGUUUUUGUUGUUGCUACUACUGGGCAAGGAGAUCCUCCAGCUAACAUGAAACAAUUCUGGAGGCAUUUAUUAUGCAAGAAUCUUCCAGCAACUAUGCUUCAAAACCUACAUUAUGGCAUACUGGGUUUAGGAGACAGUUCCUAUCCAAAAUUUAACUUUGCUGCAAAAAAAUUAAACAAACGUCUUAUACAACUAGGUGCAACGGAAUUAAUGUCCAUUGGCCUUGCUGACGAUCAGCACAAUCUUGGAAUCGAUGCAGUGUUUGACCCCUGGGUUAAAAUAUUAUGGGAAAAUAUUGCGAAUGUUUUUGACAUUUCCGUAAAAGACAAAGUUAAUGAGAAGAAUCUAAUAAUUGAAAGAUAUGAUGUCUCUGUAAUAGAAAUGAAUCAAACAAAUCCGAUAAAUAUCAAUAGUCGGUUAAUAAAUAAUCUACCUCAAUUAAAUACUAACAUUUACGCACAAGAAACAUUUCUAGAUAGCAAAGUUAAAAUAGGAACAAUAGUCGAAAAUGUAAGAACUACAAUAGAAGACCAUUUUCAAGAUGUUCGAUUAAUAAGUAUUAAAACGAACAAUAUAAAAUACAAUCCUGGAGAUAUCGUGUACAUUAGACCAAAAAAUACUUUUGAACAAGUCAAGCUUUUUUUCAGUAUAUUAUACGAACACGGCAUAAAAUUGUUUCCUGAUAUGGUAAUCCAAGUAUCAGAAAAGGAAAUAAAAGUUCCAUUCGUAUUAAAACGAAGUUUGACUUUAGGAGAGAUAGUUGAACAAUAUUGGGACCUAAAUUUUAAACCACGAAGAUCUACUAUGUAUAAUUUAUUUCUCGUCAGUGAAAAUGAUCUGGAAAAGGAAAAACUUUAUGAACUUACUAGUUCAGUUGGUCAAGAGGAGCUCUAUGAUUAUGUAAACAGACCAAGAAGAAACAUUCUGGAAGUCCUCGCAGAUUUUCCUCACACUACCAGUAAACUAAACAUUAAAUGGUUAUUUGAAAUUAUGUCGCCCAUAAAACCACGUCCUUAUAGCAUAGCUUCCAGCUCGAAAGCUACACCAAAUACUGUUCAAAUCUUGGUAGCAAUUGUUAAAUAUAAAACUAGAUUAAUGAAUCCAAGGUUUGGUUUAUGUUCAAAAUGGUUAGCUAGUUUAAUGGAAGGUGAUGAGGUAGUAUUUUGGCUGCAAAAGGGAACUUUUCACUUUGAUAAUAACAAGCCAAUGAUCCUAAUUGGUCCUGGGACAGGAGUGGCACCAUUUAGAUCCUUGCUUCUAGAAAGAGCAAUGACUGAAAGGAAUUUAGAAGAUUGCGUCCUGUUCUUUGGAUGCAGGAAUAAGGAGAAAGAUUUUCACUGCAAGGAAGAUUUUAAGCGUUUAUCGAAAGAAAAUAAUUUGAAACUGUUUUGUGCGUUUUCCAGAGACCAGGAUCACAAAAUAUAUGUACAACAUGUCAUACAGCAACAAGGAAAAUUAUGCUGGGAAUUUUUACAAAAUCAUGGCAAUAUUCAUUUAGCGGGAAAUUCUAGAAACAUGCCUAACAGUGUACGGGACGAAUUUCUUAAUUUAGUAAAACAAUUUGGUAAACUGACAAAGGAAGAGGCAAGAUUAUUUAUCGAACAUUUAGAGAAAAAUAAUCGAUAUCAAACUGAAACUUGGGGGUGAGAAAUAUUCGAAGAUAUUUUUGGAAUAUUGAAACACUUAUGGAGAAAAGAUUGCGUCUUUGGAACAAAUAAUGAGUGAAAAUAGCAUUUGCUCUUAUAAAUGUAAAACAAUAUAUUUAUUGUUCAUAUAAAUGCCAUAAUAGAAUAUAUAUAGUACAUGUGUACAUAUACAUAUGUGCAAUAUAUACCCCAUAUAAAACGGUACUCUUACAUAUGGAUUCACAUAAUGCACUGGACGCAUGUAAAGUAUACAUAUUAGAAUAGGAGCGCCCAACCUUUUGGCUUCCCUGGGCCACAUUGGAAGAAGAAGAAUUGUCUUGGGACAUAAAAUACACAAAAAUACUAAUGACAGCAGAUAAGCAAAAAAACGAGUCAGGUGUAUAAUUUUCGUGAUAUAUCCGCCACCACAGUUAAGCAAAAAAGUCCUCGCAUAAUAAUCUUAAUUAUGCGGCGCCCCGGAGUCUUUUAAAAUCGUCGAGCAGGUCCCAAGUUUGCCAUCACUAAUAUAGAAAAUGUACAUAACUAAGUAAAACUUCAUUAAUUUUUUGAUAUUUUUUAUUAUAAAAGUAAAAGAAAAGAGGGCAACAAAACUAGUAAGAUAUUUGAUAUUGUAUUUGAGAAACUUAAUGCAUCAAUAUCUGCAAUCGAGUUACAAAAAAAAGAUCGCAAAAAAUUUCAUAAUUUUAAGUAAGUUUACGAUUUUGUGUUGGGCUACAUUCAUAGUCUUGGGCCGUGGGUUGGACAAGUCUGUAUUAAACUAUGUAUUGAAAAUUAAAACUGCAUUGGGUUUACAUGCUUUUGUGCUAUUAUAGCGUUUAGCUUAUUAGCACUAUAUUUAUAACUGAAUAACAUUCGCUUUGAAAAUGCGUAAAAAUGAAGCGGAUAUCACAAUUUUCAAUAUCCAACUAAUAUUUUAUAGAAAAGUAAUUGCAUGUUUUUGUUUUUAUUGCUUGAUUUAUUAUUAUGAUCUCUAAUGUGUAUUUUUGUGUAUUCGUUUUAAGCUAGCAAGUUUCGAUAUACAAGGUGGAUCAGUAACAAUAAUAAAGUAACAUUUUACAGCGUUA